UGCCGUAGAGCGGUUUCUCCUUUUCCGCUUCCGGCGCGUGAGGGGCGCACUCUGGUGGCGAUUUGGUGUUUUCCCGCCUUUUCUUCCUCUCUUUCGUCGGUGCUGUCGAUACGGCGGGCUGAGGGAACCGAUUGUAUGAGUGCAAUGGAGAAGGAGGCGGCGGCGACUGCUAGUCCGGGCCUGUCUGGUGGCGGGGACGACGACAGCCACGACGACCGCCAUGCCGCUGGCGGCGAGGAAGGGGAGAGGAGCGCGGAGGAGCCUGUGGUGUCGCUAGCCGAGGUGCUGGCCGAGAACGAGGAGCUCGAAAAGGAGGCGCGCGCCGUCCUCGGCGGCAGCGACCACGAGCGCUGCAGUUACUCGCAGGGUGCUGUAAAGAGACAAGCUUUGUAUGCCUGCAGUACAUGUACACCACCAGGAGAAGAACCAGCAGGGAUAUGUUUAGCAUGCAGCUAUGAAUGUCAUGGCACCCACAAAUUAUUUGAAUUGUACACAAAAAGAAACUUUCGUUGUGAUUGUGGAAACAGCAAAUUCAGAAAUUUGCAAUGCAAACUACUUCCUGAAAAAGCAGCGGUGAAUCCAACAAAUAAAUAUAAUGAUAACUUUUAUGGCUUAUACUGUGUUUGUAAAAGGCCUUAUCCAGAUCCUGAUGAUGAGAUUCCAGAUGAAAUGAUCCAGUGCAUAGUUUGUGAAGAUUGGUUUCAUGGAAGGCAUCUUGGUGCACUCCCUCCAGAUAGUGGUGACUUUCAUGAAAUGGUGUGUCAGACUUGCAUGGAUCGCUGUCCUUUCCUCUGGGCAUAUGCCUCACAGUUAGCAGUUCCCACUGUGAGCAAAGUCACUCCUGCAGCUGAAGAUGGAUUAAUGCUGAACGUUGAAGAAACUGAUGAUAUAAAAAAAGAAAAUGGUACUGAUCAUCAAACAAAAACUGAGGAAGACCAGAUAUCACAAAACAAUGAACCAUCCACUAGCUCUGGGUCUGAAUGUUCUGAGAAAAUUACAAAUGAAGCACCCCCCUGCAAGCUGCAAGAGCUGCAAGUGAAGCAGUACCUGAAGAAAAACACAGCUACUUUCUGGCCACACAACUGGCGGAACAAAUUGUGUACCUGCAAGGAGUGUGAGAAAAUGUACUCUGAACUUGAAGUCCCAUUCCUGACAGAUGAGUAUGAUACAGUCUUGGCUUAUGAGAAUAAAGGAACAAGUGACCAGGAAGCAGACAGGAGAGAUCCUCUAAUGGACACACUGAGCAGCAUGGAUAGGGUCCAGCAGGUAGAGCUCAUUUGUGAAUACAAUGACCUGAAAACAGAAUUGAAAGACUAUUUGAGAAGAUUUGCAGAUGAAGGAACAGUUGUUAAGAGAGAGGAUAUUCAGCAGUUCUUUGAAGAAUUCCAGUCUCGAAAGAGGAGGAGGACAGACCGGAUGCAGUACUACUGUAGUUAGAUUAUCUUGGAAGUCUAAAGACAAACUUUUUCUCUGUUAGCUUUUUCUUCUUCCUUCCCAGUUUAAUGCAACCAUGUUCAUCUUGGCUUCUGUCCUGCAAGACAGUGCUUUUUAGUUUGCAGCCUAAACAUAUGCUCUAAUUGUAUGACAGCUCUGCUGAAAAGUAGUAAGAUCAUGAAUUUACAGAAUGUCACUUACUUUGUGUGGAAGAAUGGUGAGGUGUUUGAAGUUUAUACUUGAGAGGAUUAGCAAGCGUCCUAAGCUGCUAUAGGUAAUGAAGAUUUUUUCAUGUGAUUAAGAUGAAUAAAACUGGUUCAGUGUUCAGGCUCAGGGUACUCUUUUUGAUAAAGAUCUGUUUUUUAGUGCAAGAGUUCAUACUGGCUUGGUGUAAGUAUAUGACCUUAAUUUUUGAUACAAAGCAGGUUCUGUUGCCUAUUGCUUGUUAAAGGCCUCACAGGACCAGAACGUAAAUCUCGGAACUUGUUCAAGUAUAACUUCUAGCUAAAAUUAGAAGUGAAUGACUAUCCUUUUUGAGACAGGAGUGCAUAUCUCAGAUGGAAUAAACUAUUGUACAGAAUUUUGUAGUGAAGUUACUGCCUAUGUGUUAAUUUCCUGCCCACAUAACAUGUAAAUAAAAUGCUCUUUGCUGGGUGGUAUACUUAGCUAAUAACUUUUUUUUAGAAUGCAAAGAAUCUCAAAGCUUGCAUAAUAGAGCUGCUUUUUUAGUUUGUAAAUGUUGAAGGGGAUUAGCCUACAAUGCUGUUUACCAAACUGUAAAAUAAGAUGUUGUGACCUUUUGUAAUCACUUUAGAUAAUAAACCUGAGCCAACAAUACUGCUGAUGGUUUUUAAACCAAAUUUCAGAAGCAAAA